AUGCCGAUUCUCUGUUGCUAUGCAAAACGACGUCGUGCAAGUGCAACAGCUAAAUCACCUGAGCAAUACAAACGAGAUAUAUUUGGUAUGAGAUUAGCAAGAUUGGAUGAAUUUGAAAGUUUGACACCGUUAAUGGUCGUAUCAGGUGGUAAUAAUGAAACAUCAUCAUCUUCACAUCGUCAUCGUUUUACGACAAUCAUUUCACGAAGUCCACCACCGCCAAGAUGUCCAACCAAUGGAAAAACAAUGAUCGUUCCAUUAAAUUCUGGAAAAGGAUGCGCACCAUUUGCACCAAUGCUUGCUGCACCUAAGACUAAAGGUAGAUCAUUCGAAAGUGAUACCACAAAUGGUUUCAGUACGAUAAUAGAAGAUAAUGAAAAUAUCCCGAUAUCUUCAAAUCUGGAUAAAUCUGAUGCAGAUUUUAUUUCCAUUGAUCGAACCACUAUAUCGUAUUUGGAACCAAGACAGCAAAAACAUCAACAAUGUGAAUGCGGUAUAUCAAAGCCGGAUAAAGUGCCAAUCUUUGAAUUACCAACUCCAAGCUAUGCGCCACCACCAUUACCUACACUUUUAUCGCAUUCACCACGACUUAAUCUACGAAAAGAGUUACCAGUGGUUAAUGAAACGGGCAGUACUCCCGAUAUUAAUAAUGAUACGAAGACGAAGAAAAGCCCAAGCGUUAAUUCAAUGAACUCACUUGGCAGCCCGCAAGAUUCAUCGUUUAGCAUGGGAUCACCGUUGGAUACAAGUGCUUCCAUUAGUGGUAGUUUUUGUGGUGAAGGAGAAUUGAAUUCAACCGAAAAUGGACGAAUAUACUCUCUUGAAACAGGGAAAAUAGAAGAAGAAUCGGAGCAAAAUGGAGAUAUUGAGACAACCGGUAUAGUAACAAGUCGAACACUCGAUUCGAUCAAAUCAAUCUUUUCACAUUCAAAUCAAGUUGAUUCGCAAUAUAACAUUAUUAUUCCUCAUUCUAUUUCUGAACAGUUUGAACUGAUGAAUUUUCGUGAAUGCCUGUGA